AUGCCGGACGCGCCAGUCACUCACCAGCUGUACCUCGACGCCAAGAACGAACUCAACGAGCUGAUGACCCGCAAGAAGCUUGUUGAUCGCAACUUGGCUGGUCUGGAGAACAGUAUCUACGCAUUUGAGGGAUCGUAUCUGGAGGACACACAGCAUGGAGGAAACAUCAUCCGGGGAUUCGACGGCUACAUCAACACAAAAGCUGACAAGAGCAGAGCACUGCAGAUCAAGGACAACCCAGACCAGGAAUCUUCACAGGAUGAAUCAAGACGCUCAUCGUCUAGCAGCAAACGGCCAACCCUCAAGACCUCGUCCUCGACAUCAAACACUGCACCACCUCCAACCAGCACAGUACCACCAUCAUCCUCUUCCGCCAGUCGGAGACUCCUGAAGCAGCAAAAGUCAUCAUCAUCUUCCAACCACCCUAAGGACAGCACUAGGCCACCCAAGAAGAUGCGCAUGUCCUCCACAGCAGAUGGUGAUGAGGAUCUGGACGUUUAG